GCGCAUCCAGGGGAAAAAAGUUUGAGCGUUUCUCUGUUUCGCUGAGCAUGCGCAGUAAAAGCUGCCUGGCCAGUUCCUCUGGAUUACUUACCUGGAAGGUGCAUCAGUUUCGGUCAGUGGAGAAAGCGAAAAAAUACCGCAAGCGGAAAAAAAAUACACGCGGGUCUCGAAACUAAAACCGCAAUCAUACUGAUAGACAUUGAUGGCGCUAAAGCUCUAGUGAAAUAAAUAUUACGCAGUGGGGAGACGCGGAAAACGUUUGAGAAGCUCCGAGGCAGAGUGUGUGUGUGUGUGUGUGUGUGUGUGUGUGUGUGUGUGUGUGUGUGUGUGUGUGUGUGUGUGUGUGUGUGUGUGUUUGUUUUCUCCGUCCUGCGUGACAAGUCCUCCAGCUCUCUACAGGUCUGCGUCUCAUCAGCUCGCUCUGGUGCCGCAGGACCGGUGUGUUCGUGAUCUCCAUAAUCAUCUGGAGCUCAUAUUCACCUCGGAGCGCGUAUUACGGACUUCACACGUCACUUUCCGCGGUUCGCCGCGUCGCUUCUUCGCCCGCUUUCUCUUUCACUUGAAAGAUGAUGAGUUUUCUGCGCAGGACGUUCAGCCUCCGCUCACGGAGACGCUUUCGGCCGUCCGAUGAGCUCGACGGUGGCGGACGAGGCGUAAACCCUGCGCUUCAGUCUCACCAGCAGCAGCACCAGAUACCCGCCGUGGUGACCGGAGGCACUGUGGUGCACAUCCCCGCCGCGGGCAACAGCAAAGCGGCCAUCACAUGCAGAGUUCUGCUGUUAGACGGCUCGGAUGUCAAUGUAGAAUUACCGAAAAAUGCAAAGGGACAGGACCUGUUUGAUCAAAUCAUGUAUCAUUUGGACCUUGUGGAGGCUGAUUAUUUUGGACUGCAGUUCAUGGACCCGGAGCAGGUUACGCAUUGGCUGGAUGUUGCCAAACCCAUAAAAAAGCAGAUUAGAUACGGACCAUCGUACAGGCUGUUUUUCAGGGUGAAGUUCUACUCAUCAGAACCUAAUAACCUUCAUGAGGAGUUCACAAGGUACCUCUUUGUGCUGCAGCUCAGACAAGACAUUCUGUCUGGCAAAUUAAAGUGUCCAUAUGAUGUAUCUGUGGAUCUUGGGGCUUAUUGCCUACAGAGUGAGUUGGGAGAUUGCGACCCAUUAGAACACACUCCGCUGUUGGUGUCAGAGUUCCGGUUCUCACCUAACCAGUCAGAGAUAAUGGAGGCGGACAUUUACCGCAAAUGGGCCGAGUGCAGAGGAGUGAGUCCAUCACAAGCUGAGCUGAACUUUCUGAAUAAGUGUAAGUGGCUGGAGAUGUAUGGCGUUGACAUGCACUUUGUAAAGGGUCGUGAUGGGGGGGAUUAUGCUCUGGGUCUUACACCAACAGGAAUUCUGGUGUUUGAAAGGUCUAACAAAAUUGGCCUCUUCUUUUGGCCCAAAAUCACACGUCUGGACUUCAAGAAGAACAGGCUGACGCUAAUGGUUGUGGAAGAUGAUGAACAGGGUCGUGAGCAGGAGCACACGUUUAUGUUUCAGCUCUCCAGUUCAGCAGCAUGUAAGCAGCUGUGGAAGUGUGCCGUCGAAAGCCAUGCUUUCUUCCGCCUCAGACAGCCGACCCAGAGCAAAACGAGCCGCAAUGACUUCACACGCCUUGGCUCACGCUUCCGCUUCAGCGGAAGGACCGAGUAUCAAACAACUCACUCAGGCAGGAUCAGAAGGGCAAGCACUUUUGAGAGACGUCCAAGCAAAAGAUAUCCAUCCAGAACCCAAUCACUUGGCAAAGCCAUUACUCCAGCAAAACAUCACCAUCCAAGUGCCCAGCCUAGUCCUGAUCCCAAAUUAAAACCGACAUUGAUUUCUUUGAAGUAUCAGCACAACAUUCCGAUUGGUCAGGAGCCUUGGUCCAGAACACACCCACCCAGUUUGACGCCACCCCUUUACAUCCAGCCGACUGAAAUGGCACACAAUCCACCACCUCACAGUUUCCCACUGAGCAGUGCAGAUACCCAAAGGUUCAGUGUGGAAGAGAAUGAGACUCUGCUUUCAGCAACGCUUCACUACUGCUAUCGAUGGCAUGGAUGUGAGAAACAGGAAGUCCCAUGCCUCACUUUAACCAAGCCUAAGCCAUGGGAUGUUCCUGCAGUGCACACAGAAGAUGUCGACCGACCUUUACGGAGUCCGAAACGGUUUCAACCAGAUACGAUACCCUGGCCAACACUUCACAUCAAUAUUGAUACAGCAGAAGAAAAGUUAUUGUCAGAAAAAAGCCUCCCUUCUUCUCCAGCUGGCAUACAGGAUCAGCGCAAAAGCAAUGUUCUCAGACAUACGAUGCACAGUGAGAGUGCAAAUUCACGGGGGAAUUGUUCCAGUGGAGACCCAGACAACAGAAUGGCCAGCUCCUCUCAGGAUUCAGCCUCUAGCAGUGCGACAACGGAAAGGCCACGACUGGAACGCCGCAAACGCCUUGUUAGACAGUUCAGCUUUAACCACAGUGAUGAAGAUGAUCUCCCAGAUGCGCUUGCAGCCAUUUCUUCACAGAGCAACAUGAAAAGAUCCACGUCCAACAGCUCGCUGGACAAACAGGUCCAGCCACCCAUCUACCCCCCGCAAAAAGUAUCACCAUUGGAGCACAGCAACAAAUCUCCAUUCUAUUCAGGCAACGAAGACCUGAGAAUGGAAAGAGAAAAGCUGCUGAGAGCUUUACUCAUGACAGAACUCUGAGACGAUACACACAUUCAUACAUAUGCAUAAUUAGUUGCGCUGUAAUGAUUUUUUACAUUUAAGUGGUAUUAAUUAUAUUUCUAAUUGUAAAGCUUAUCACUCUUACAGCGCACAUGUCCAAAGUCAUGCUUCUAAAAUAUUAUUUAUA